GUACCUGAACUUUAUCCAAGGGGUACUUGUUCCUGGGGUACCUGAACUUUAUCCAGGGGGUACUUGUUCCUGGUGUACCUGUUCUUUAUCCAAGGAGUACUUGUUCCUGGGGUACCUGAACUUUAUUCAAGGGGUACCUGUUCUUUAUAUAAGGGGACCUGUUCCUGGGGUACCUGAACUUUAUCCAAGGGGUACUUAUUCCUGGGGUACCUGAACUAUAUCCAAGGGGUAUUUGUUCCUGGGGUACCUGAACUUUAUCCAGGGGGUACCUGUUCCUGGGGUACCUGAACUUGAUCCAGGGGGUACCUGAACUUUAUCCAAGAGGUACCUGUUCUUGCAAGCACCUGACCUUUAGAUAAGGGACCACCUGAUCUUUAUCCAUAUGGUACCUGAUCUCUAUCCAAGGGGUUAUACAAUUUUUAUCCAGGGGUUACCUGAUCUUUAUCCAUGAGGUACCUGUUCUUGGGGGUAACUGAUCUUUAUCCAGGAGGGUACCUGAUCUUAAUCCAGGAGGGUACCUGAUCUUUAUCCAGAAGGUACCUGACCUUUAUCCGGGGGGUGCCUGAUCUUUAUCUCAGGGGGCACCUGAUCUUUAUCUCAGGGGGCACCUGAUCUUUAUCUCAGGGGGCACCUGAUCUUUAUCUCAGGGGGCACCUGAUCUUUACAAUCUCAGUAUGGUGGUAGUGGGUAUAUUAGUGAACCUGUAUUCAUUAGGCAGUGCAGAUUACUAUUCUAGUUGUGUAAUUUCCUCUUCUCAGGUGUGAGGAAGGCAUGCUGGGAUUUGUGGUUCCACUAGAGAAGUAGAGGGUUGAAGUCUACCCCAGCUAUCUGACUGUUGAAUUUGUGUAGGACAGGUGUUCCACCUCCACAGACAGGAAUGGCAGAAUAAUGGUGAUUUGCUGACCUUCUCUGAGGUUUUGGAGGAUGAAUAGACGUUGCCAUGGAGGCAGAAAGUGAGGUGGAGUUUUCCAGCGAUCUUAACUUUGUUCCAUUGUGGAGGAGAGCGAGUCUCAAUGUUCCCCAGGGAGAGGGACUGUACUACAGCCGCACUCCUAGACCAAGACCGCAGUCCUAUCAGAGUCCCAAUGGAUUACUUGUCACAGACUUUCCCGUGGAGGACAGGCAGUGCUUUACGGUGACCCAGCCUGCAGAAAGGAUUACAAGUUCUCCAGAAAGCCGUCUAGGAGGGAAAUCUUUGCACAGUCCUAAUGGAAAACUACAGACAUCCCCAUCACUCUCAUCUCUGGAAUACAAAUCCCCCAACCACAAACGUUCAUCUCAGGUCUUAAAAGUGGUUUCCAAUAACUCCAUUUCCUUUACUACAGGUGACAACCAUUUCUCACCAAACCAAAAACCAAUGAUUUCACGGCGGACAUCUGGAAAUGUUACACUGACGCCUGAUAGGGAACAGAUUGUCUUUGGGUCCAGUACUUGUUUUCCAUCUAAUGGGAUAGUAACUGAUAGCCACUGCAGUCCACCUCAUCCCAUCCAGGCCACCCAGGACACCUUUACGUCAGAGUCUUUGCCAGGUUCUCCAAAGUCUUCCCGGGAAGACAAGCAGUCUCUGCAAGAAGACCAAUCCAAUCAGAAAAAUCCCCAAUUGUUUUUGAGCACAAAACAGUCCGCGGCUCUCAAAGCUGGAGCCCAGCAAAUCAUUCCUAAGAGCCUAGCCACGAAAGUCACGAAUAAAACUAGCAAUCAGAACAACCAAAAUUCCGAUUCUAUCAAAAGGUUGCUGAAAACUCGAAGCAUGGUGGAGACCAGCUCGGCUCGUCUAGUGGUGGCUCCAGAGGAUGGAGAUGCUGAAAACGAGACCGACAGUCCGGGUGCGCUGCGCAGAGGGCUUAGGUCAACGUCCUAUCGAAGAGCAGUUGUGAGCGGAGUGGAAUUCAACAACCCAUCAGAUAGAAAAAAGAGUAACAGAAUGUCUCAACCAAUCCUCAAGGCUGUUGUAGAAGAUAAGGAAAAGUUUUAUAGCUUGGGGAGAAUAAAGCGGAAAAUACUUCGAGGACAAGGAACGUUUGAUGGUGAAGAAAAUGCAGUCUUAUACCAGAACUACAAAGAGAAAGCCCUGGAUAAUGACUCAGAUGAGGAUGCUGAAUCCAAAGAGCCAAAAGAAGAUCGGAUCAUUGUACAGUAUAGACCCCUGAGGUCAACAUGGAGUCAGUUGUCCGUGGUGAGGAAGAAUGGGCUCUCCCAGAGUAUUGGGCAGGAAGAAAGGAAAAGGCAAGAGGCUAUGUUUGAAGUGAUCUCGUCUGAACACUCAUACCUGCUCAGCUUGGAGAUCUUAAUUCGGAUGUUCAAGAAUUCCAAGCAACUUUCUUCCACUAUGACCAAGACCGAAAACCACCAUCUCUUUUCCAAUAUCACUGAUGUAUGUGAGGCAAGCAAAAAAUUCUUUAAAGAACUGGAAGGGAGACAUCAAAGAAACAUUCUUAUUGAAGAUAUCAGUGAUAUUGUGGAGAAACAUGCAAAAUCUACCUUCGACCCCUAUGUGAAAUAUUGCACUAAUGAAGUCUACCAACAAAGGACGCUACAGAAAUUAAUAUCUACAAAUGCAUCUUUCAAGGAAGCUCUGGUUAGAAUUGUUCAGGAAGAAUGUAGGAAUUUGCCUAUGAUUUCUUUCCUCAUCCUCCCAAUGCAGAGAGUCACUCGACUCCCACUUCUCAUGGAUACAAUCUGUCAGAAAAACACCUAAGGAUUCUUCAAGAUAUGAAAUCUGCAAAACGCCUUGAAAGAAGUUAGCAAGUUGGUUCGUCUGUGUAAUGAAGGAGCACGGAAAAUGGAGCGGAUGGAAAUGAUGGUGACAAUAAAUUCUCAGCUGGAGUUUAAAAUAAAGCCAUUCCCAUUGGUGUCUUCCUCGCGUUGGUUACUGAAGCGGGGUGAGCUUACAUCCUAUGUAGAGGACUCUGGCAUUUUCUCCAAGAGAACAACAAAACAACAAGUCUACUUCCUCCUCUUCAAUGACGUGCUGAUCAUCACAAAGAAAAAAAGUGAGGAAAGCUAUAAUGUCAUAGACUAUGCCAUGUUGGAUCAGCUUCAUGUUGAGCAGUGUGACAGUGAAGAGCCGACGUCGCCACUGAAGAACAGCACUCCCAUAUUGUACUCAAGGCAGUGCUCAGCUAGCCAUCUGUUUACACUCACCAUUCACAGCAAUCAUGUAGCGGAGAAGGUGGAGAUGCUGCUGGGAGCUGAAACUUUAAGUGAUCGAGCGCGUUGGAUUACUGCACUGGGCCAGAGCACGGAGAAGCCAUGCACAGAUAGAACAACUUUAACUCAGGUGGAGAUUAUUCGGACCUACACAGCAAAACAGCCCGAUGAAUUAUCCCUACAGGUAGCAGACGUUGUCCUGGUGUACCAGAAAGUAAAUGAUGGAUGGUAUGAAGGGGAAAGACUAAGGGACGGAGAGAGAGGCUGGUUUCCCAUGGAAUGUGCAAAGGAAAUUACAUGUCGGGCCACACUAGAAAAGAAUAUGGAGCGCAUGGGACGUUUGCUUGCCCUGGAAACCAACGUGUAGACUCCAAUGUUAGCCAUUUCUAUACUGCAACAUUUGCACUAUUGUAGCACCACUGUGCAUAGGGAAGUUAAAGGGAACACAAUCUUCAAACGUUUUUUGUUGUGAGGGUACAUGUUCUCAAAACUUUGUAAACUCUUUACAUAAGGGACUGGACUGAGGAUAUCACAGCUCCCUGCUUGUCAGCUGUUAUUAUCUCCAUUUCUUCUUUUAUCUCUGAAAUUCACUAGAGAAAGUUUAAACUGAUGAGAUCUAUAUACAGGACAGGAAAUGCCUUUACUAAAGACUUAGAAAAACUCUCAGAUUCCUAAUCAAACUCUGUAUGAGAAUUAUGAGGGUGAUGGAGGAUCGUCCUUGUAUAAUGUUUUGUAGCCAGGGAUAGGAAUUCAGAAGUUCAUGUUUAGACUUACAUGUAUGUUACUAAUAGAAAUAUUGAUUAUGAAUGUAUAUUAUCUAUAGCAGAGAUAAGAACAUCUGUAUGUGGAACGAAUACUGCAUUUGUAUGAAAGAAAUACUAAGAGUACUUUGAAGCAGGCAUAUUUAUUAAUUUUCUUGUUUAAUGAUCUGUAGAAAUUGGUGUAAUGUGGCUUCUUUGUUUCUUUGUCCCAGAUUUGAUAUUGAUGCCUAGACAACUUACUUUUUUUUCCAAUACACAAUAGAUCUUUUGCCUCCCCGGUAAACCACCUCUGUAGUAUACCUUGGAAUAAUGGUUUGGAACAUAUACACUGGUGACCAUCAACGGGAAAAUGUUUUUUUACAAGCUUACUGGUUUAGCUUUAUUAAUAUUCAGGCCUCAAGUCCUCCUAUACAUAGCUAUCUACCAACCUAAUACUACCCACUUGUCUGAAAAAGAAACCCAUAUAUUGGGAUAUUAGUAAGAUAUUCCGUACAAGACAAUUGCACCAGUCCAGAUAUAAACUAUGGGCAAACUAUGUAGAUAUCAUAGGGCUUGUAUUUAUUCAUAGUGUGCAUGCACGGUCUAAAUAAAGAAAACAUUGUGGUUGAUUUUCUAAAGGAGUAGAGCAUGUUCAAUUUGCAAAAUGAAUUUUCACUUUGUGAAUGUGGUGAAAAUUCACUUUGUAAAGGAUAUCCGAUCACGUGCAAAAGCAAAUAAAAAACAGGACUUUUACUGUGCUGCUAGAAGUUUACACAACAGCCUCAUUUAUUACUAAGCUAAGUGCAAAGUCCCUUGCUUAGUAGACCACCCACAUUGUGUAACAAAAUGGUCCAAAAUAAAGUUUCAGAGAAUCACUGAUAUCACAACAGUAAAAAUAAAUAUAGUAUUAUAUUGUAGUGAUGUCAGUAGUACACGGGGAUUUCCCACCGCCAUGGAAAUGGCACAGCCAGUCAUAUGUCUGUCUUGAGUAUUGUAGACUGGCACAUUUUGAGGACAAAACAGGUUUCUAAACUUGCAGCUAAAUUUAGCACAAAACAUGUAACUUUAUAAAUUAUGGCUAUAGCUGUUAAUGAUCUGACUUUCCUUUACAUAUUAGGACAUCAAUAUACUCAUGUGGCAUAACCAUUACAACAGUUUCUAUCUAGUAAGUUGGUGCAGAGUGUAGUGAGUAUUUGCAAAGUGCAAUAAUCUACAACAGCUGUGUGGAAAUCAAUUUUCCAUGAUCGACUACAAUCAGUCUGUUGUAAGUUGCCUCAUUUUCCACAAUAUCUUUGCUCUUUGUACUGUAAAUAUAGAUUUGUAAACCGCUUUCCAGCAGACUGAGAGUGUUCAUACAAGCACGUUUCAAUUUUGGGGCCAAGUAUUUUGUACUUUUUGCUCUUUAGGAAUGAUUGUAAUGCCAUUGUAAGUUUUAAACUGGAGGCCUGUCACUGUUAAAUUUCCAUGUUAGAGUAAAUUCAUUGUAUGUAUGGGCUAAUACAGAAUACUGUGAUGUUUUAUCAUUUUUACCACUGUAUAUAAAAGAUUUUAAUAAUGUUAA